UUACUUUUAGAUUGUAUAAAAUUGUAAAUUAUUGCUCAGAAAGGCAGAAAGGGUAUUUUUGUCAUUCCGUUUUAGGCGAGUUCGCGAAACGUGACUUCCGGUUUUUCGCAUGGAGCGGAGAAAACAAAUUCCAUCAUCCAAAUUUUCUAUAUUUUCCUCUCCGUAAAGCACAUCUAUCAACGAAAAUGACGGAACACUAUGUUGUGCAAACACAGGCAGUUGUCAGUGUAACAGUGACGAGCACAGUUAAUUCGUUUGGAUCGAUCAAACGGUUUCCAAAAGACUUGACGAUCACUACUUUGAAGGGAAAGCUUGAGCUACUGACUGGCUCAGUGUCUGCCAAUAUGAAACUUGAACUGCGGUCAAAGGACAACAAACUUGUCUGCGAGAUGACAAAUGAUGAUGUGAUGUUAGGGUCUUAUCCUGUCGAAGAUAAUAUGAUUAUACAUGUUGUUGAUCCUACAAUGGGAACUGGUGCAUAUGAAGAUUUGUCCACUGUAAAGAAAUUCGAAUUGACAGAAGAAGAAUAUGCCAAAAAAUCAGAUUCUGUGAGAGCAUUCAAACAACGAAUGAAGAUGGGCCAGUUCAAAGAAGUCGAUCCUGAGGAAGUUAAACGGGAAGCAGAGUUAAAGUCAAAAAAAGAAGCUGAAGAGAAGACUUUAGCUGAAUCUAUAAAAGUAGGAGAGAGGUGCGAAGUCAAGCUUCCAGAACAGUUACCCAAGAGGGGUACUGUUCGAUAUGUGGGAAAGACUGAGUUCAAGCCUGGUCAUUGGGUUGGUAUUGAAUAUGAUGAACCCCAUGGGAAAAAUGAUGGCAGUGUGAAAGGUAAACGGUAUUUUGAAUGCCGCGCCAAGUAUGGUGGUUUUGUUAAACCAAACCAAGUGGCUGUUGGAGACUUCCCAGAGGAGGACUUGGGACUGGAUGAGAUGUAGGCCUGGCAGUGUUGGCACCAAGACUACUUAGCUUCACCUAGAUUGAACAUAUUUGCUCAAAACACUGCUUGUACUCACUCUCAUGUUGAGGGAGUGAGUUGAUGGUGUUAUAAAAUGGGCUCUGCACUCACUCUCGUGUUGAGGGAGUAAGUCGAUGGUGUUAUAAAAUGGGCUGUGCAACGCAAGUUCAUUACUCAGAUCAGCAAAGAAAUUGUGACAAUGAAUUGAACUCUAUCGGACAAUAUAACCUUCGUGAUUGCUGGACAGAAGGAGCUUGAUUUCUUUAUGUUGCUGUCAAUACCAUAAAGUGAAAUGAUUUGUAUAUGUAUGAUUGUCAUCCAGUUGGUGUGUCCAUGUUUGUUUUUCGUAUCUACAUUUUCUUAUGACACUUUAGAGCUGUGAUAUUUAUAUUUUAAACCAAAAAUUAGAAACAGCAUGUCAGUCGAAAACUAUGAGCGUCAGUUACUGGAAAUUCUACUUGUAUUAUAGAUGAGAUGACUUUUCGCUGACAACCAAUUCCUUUAGUUGUCUUCUUGAGGCACAGUCUGCAAUGGAAUAAAAUAAACGUUUGUACUCGUGUCUGAAACUUGCAGCUACUGACAUUAUAGUGUAGAACAGUUUGUUACCAACCUCAUCUACAGUACUCAUAUCAACCUCACUUAAAUCAGUACUUAUUCCAAUGUAUGAGCUAAACUUGUAUCUUCAGUUUGCCUUCUGGUUGCACCAAGAUUCCUUUACAGGUUCUGUUGUCACUGUACCUCUCAAUGUGAUACAGAUUCCUGUUUUGAUUAAGAGUGUGCAACAAUUUUGUUAGAUUUCUCUUAGAUUGUGACUGUUAAUGAUGUCUUUGAAAGAGACAGCUUUUUGUUGUGGACAUCUUAGGACAGAUGUUCAUGAUUAUUGAUUUGUUUAAUAAAAAAGUUAUAGCUUUUUA